GCAGCGCCAGCAGCCCCCAACGAAACAAAAAAAGCGCUAAAACCCCCAAAACAACAACAACAACAAACACGGCCUGAGAGCGAUAACGAGCAGCUGAUUUUUUUUAUUAUCUCGUAUCGCAUCUUCACAACUGCAACUGUGACUCUCCCCCGCAGCAGCAACAGCAACAGCAACAAUACAAGUAAAGCCAAAGUGAAGUGAACUCUGCUCUCGCGCGACUUCGGCUCUCGGAAACUCCUCGGCAAGCGCUUCGGCCGCGACUUCGGCUUCGGCUCAGUCACUUCGGCAGCGACUUCGGCGACCUCGGGUCGCAUCGUAAAUUACUUGCAAAGUUAAUUUUAGUCUCGGCUUUUAAUACCGUUUUAGUGCGUUUUCGAGUUGGUCGUGCUUUUUCCGUCUCCAAAAACUGAAAAACUCGAAACAACAUAACAAUUUUCCAAGAAACUGCAAAAUCCGCAAAAAACCUAAAACCACCUAACAGUAAACCGUAAAAAGUUCCAACCGAAAAUAACGGCAACGAAGGGAGUCCCAAUAUAUAUAUUAAUGUGACUGUUUUUUGGUGACAUAUCCUGGUUUCAAUAUUAUUUGAAUUUUUUUUCCGGCUCUUUCGUUAAAUUUUUGUUUUCCAACGGAAAUGUAAAUCAUUCGCCCCCGCCGUGAAUUUGACCCGUGCUUCCUGCUUUUAUUUGAAAAUCAAGAACUGUUUCGCUUCUUUUUUUUUUUUGAUUCUCCAAAAAGACAAUUACAUUAAAUUGUCGAAAUAAAAAUUAAAAAACAAACAACAAAUAUCAUAAUUCAACAAAAAACGCGCUCACACAAACACAGAGACGGCAGAAACGCAUUAAAAGACGGAAGUGGAUUUUCGCUAAGCGGCAAAGCGGCGCAUCCUGUUUUGGGCUUUCCCACAAAAAAAAAAAAAAAAAUAACGCUCUCACACAGACGCUCAAACAAUCCAGCGGCGCACACUCACACAUACAACACGGAUUCGUGUGUGGCUCAGGCUCACGUAUAGGAGUCGUAACGUUAACUCUUUUUUUUCCCUUGGGUUAAUUGAUUAACCAGGCCCAAAAAGAAGCCCAAGAGAGAGGGAGAGAGGAAUCCCGGGAGAACACAAUACAAAAAAAAGCCAGCAAGAUGACUGGUUUCACGAACGCCGGUUUCGAAAACGAUGAGCCCGUCAAGCCAAAAGCUGGUUUCGAGCCCGACACCGCCUCGCUGCGAGAGAAAGUUGUGCUGAAUCCGGCCGAGAAAUGGCGCAUCUUAAAGAAUAUCUCGAUCAUCUCAGUAGCCUUUAUGGUGCAAUUUACAGCGUUUCAGGGCACGGCUAACCUGCAAUCCUCGAUCAACUCCAAGGAUGGCCUGGGCACGGUCUCACUGAGUGCCAUCUAUGCCGCCCUGGUGGUGUCCUGCAUCUUCCUGCCCACAUUGAUUAUCCGGAAGUUGACCGUUAAAUGGACCCUCGUCUGCAGUAUGCUCUGCUAUGCUCCCUACAUCGCCUUCCAGCUCUUCCCCCGCUUUUACACUUUGGUCCCAGCUGGCAUACUGGUCGGUAUGGGUGCCGCCCCCAUGUGGGCGUCCAAGGCCACAUAUUUGACACAGGUGGGACAGGUGUAUGCGAAGAUAACUGAACAGGCAGUGGAUGCCAUUAUUGUGCGAUUCUUUGGCUUCUUCUUCCUGGCCUGGCAAUCCGCUGAGCUCUGGGGCAAUCUCAUCUCCAGCUUGGUUCUGUCCAGCGGCGCCCAUGGCGGUGGCAGCAGCAGCUCGAACUCAACGAUCAGUGAGGAGGAUUUGCAAUUCUGUGGUGCCAAUUUCUGCACCACCGGCAGCGGGGGUCAUGGCAAUCUGGAGCGUCCACCAGAGGAUGAGAUCUUUGAGAUUUCCAUGAUUUAUCUGUCCUGCAUUGUGGCCGCUGUAUGCAUUAUUGCCUUCUUCCUGGAUCCCCUGAAGCGGUACGGUGAGAAGCGUAAGGGUUCCAAUUCGGCGGCUGAACUAUCGGGACUGCAACUCCUGUCGGCCACAUUCCGUCAGAUGAAGAAACCGAAUCUGCAGCUCCUUAUCCCCAUUACCGUGUUCAUUGGCAUGGAGCAGGCCUUUAUUGGUGCUGAUUUUACCCAGGCUUAUGUGGCCUGUGCCUUGGGUGUGAACAAGAUUGGCUUUGUGAUGAUCUGCUUUGGUGUGGUCAAUGCCCUUUGUUCGAUUUUGUUUGGUUCCGUGAUGAAGUACAUUGGACGCACACCGAUUAUUGUGCUUGGAGCAGUUGUUCACUUCACUUUGAUCACUGUGGAGCUGUUCUGGCGUCCAAAUCCCGAUAAUCCCAUCAUUUUCUAUGCCAUGUCCGGUCUGUGGGGUGUUGGUGAUGCUGUGUGGCAGACGCAGAUUAACGGUUUAUACGGUCUGCUCUUCCGGCGCAACAAGGAGGCUGCCUUCUCCAAUUAUCGCCUGUGGGAGUCUGCAGGAUUUGUGAUUGCAUAUGCUUAUGCCACCACGCUUUGCACGCAAAUGAAGUUGUAUAUUCUGUUGGCGGUGCUGACGCUGGGUUGCAUUGGUUAUGUGAUUGUGGAGAUCCUGUACAGGAAGAAGCAACGCAAGGUGAAGAAGCAGGAGAAGAUCGAGGCUGCCGAGAAAGAGAAGGAGGCCGCUGCUGCUGCGGCAGCUGCUGCAGCUCUGGCCGCCGCCGAAUCUGGGCCCGAUGGCGUUGAGGAGACCGAUGACGAGCUGGACGAUCUCGAGGAAGACAUUGUGGUUACGCGCCUGUAAAUGUUUUAUUUCCUAAACGCACAAGCCACGCACAAACUACUCCCCACACACACACUCCUACAUUCCAUCAAGUUAUCGAGAGAGAGAGAGAGAAAGAAAGAGAGAGAGAGAGCAAUGCCAGAAUAAUAAGAGCAACUGGAACAGCUCUGGCUUAAGAGAAAGCUCGAAGAAGGAGCCAAAAACAAAAGAGAGUAGGAAAAGAGAGAGACGCCUGGACAAGCAAAAAGAAAAGCAUUAAUCAAAUAUGGCGCUGAUUGCAAGAAAAGAAAGCAUACUUUUGUGGUUGUAGUUUUGUAAUAGAACAUUUGUAAAUCCUUCCCCUCUUCACUCCCUCGCCCCCCACCACACCCGGAAGAACCAGCGAGUUUGGCUUAACUUUAGUUUGUACAUACAGAGAAAGAGAUCGAAAAAAACAAAACACAACAACAAAAACAAAAAACAAAGUGAAGAUAUAACGGGAAGAAAUGCAAAAGCAAAAACCUAUUGUGUGUUAGUCUAGGUGUAAGGACACUCACACAACCAUACAAAAGCCACACCUACACGAGCACACACACACACAAGCGAGACACACACACUGUAGCAGUGUGCGUGCCCACGAUGCCUAAUAAAUUGUUAUUUUAUUUUAAAACGUACUUUAAACUGUAGUAAUAUACACUAAACGAAAAUUGUAAUACACUUCCGUUUUUUGUACAAUUUUUUUGUUUCUCAACAAAUAGAAAAAAAGGAAAAAGAA